CUUUCUUAGAAUUCUACCCUUUUAAUAGAUCCACAGAUCUUAAAAUUUCCUGAGUUUCUUCCAAAGACCAAAUCAAACCAGAAAGGGGGUUGAGAUAUGGACGCAAUUGAUUCAGUUUUCGAUCCGCUAAGAGAGUUCGCUAAGGAUAGCGUUCGUCUUGUCAAGAAAUGCCACAAGCCUGAUCAAAAAGAGUUUACGAAGGUGGCGUUUCGUACAGCGAUCGGAUUCGUGGUUAUGGGAUUUGUGGGUUUUUUCGUUAAGCUCAUCUUUAUCCCCAUUAACAACAUUAUUGUUGGAUCUGGUUAGGAAGCGCGGCAAUCGGUAUGAAUUUUCAGCAUGAAGACCAAAAGAUAGAUUCAAAUUCAGACAUGGUGGUUUUCUAGUUUUCUUUAUAUUCACUUUUGUUGGAAAUUAAGUUUGUUUUAGUUGUUGAAAUAAACACAUCCAUUGUUACUUUUGGUCCAUUGAGUCGUAUACUUCAUGCUAACCCUUCCUUCUAAAGGUUGAACUUCAAUUGAAUAUGUCAAUUUUUUUAUUA